AUGGCGAAAAUGAAGACGAAUGAGUUGAACUCUUACAGAUACGUUUCUUUCAAAUUGAAAGAUGCAGAGGGUGUUGGGUUGAAGUUUUUGAUUGGAAGAUCAAGUGGGAAAGAACCAGAUCGAAGGGCCAAAGAGGACAAUUUUCUGUUUGAUGAAAAGAGUUUGAGUAAAAAGCACGCCAAUUUGUAUAUUAAGAAGCUUGAUGGCGAUUAUGACCAUCCUUUUGAUUCGAGUAUUGACCAGUUUCGGAUUUGUGUCGAAGAUCUGGGUAGUACGCAUGGAAUUGUCGAUUUGCAUGCCCAAGAGGCUGAUACGACGAUGAUAGACUUAAAGAAUGGGGAAAGAUUUGGACUUGUAAAAACAAAUGCUCCCAUAGCGCCUGGCCAGAUACGCGGUGCGAAAUUGAAGUUUCAAGUGCUUAUCAGACGGAAAGAAUUGGGGAAUGAUGAGGAUUAUGAAAUUGGAUUGAGAAAUGUGAGUUGUGACGACAGUCCUUUGGCCAGUCGUCCUGCAACGAUGGCAAUGGCGUCAAAAUUUUAUGAGUCACCGUCUCCUUUUUCAUCUUGCUCAGAAUUGAACUAUAGUGAAGAUUUCUCGAUGAAUCAGAAAGCAUCGGCCGAACAAAACGUGGAUGACGUUGCGUCUUUGAGUGCGAGAACCGAAGCAAGAGACUCGACUGAGCCGCUAUGUUUGAAGUUUGAAGAACAGGCUGUGUUUGGGGAAAGCGUAGACGGCCCUGGAAGGGAGAAACUCGAUACGUCGGCCGAUUUGAUUGAUCCGUGUCAAGAAGAGGCUGAAAAGCAGAAAUUCGAUACGUCACUCAAUUUGAUUGAUGUGUGUCAAGAAAAGGUGGAAAAUAAGGUAUCGGCCAGUGGUUCACAAUGUUCUGAAGAAAGUAACAGUAGCUGCUUCAUCGACCUUACAGACAGUGGACUUUCUACACCUGCAUAUUGCGAUUUUGCUCAGCUGGGGUUAUCUCUUUCUGGAAAAGAGAUUCAAGGUCUUUCUUUUGAAGAUAAGUACGCAGACUCUGAAGGUUGUGCCAGGGCUCUAGGAACCUGUUGCAGGAAGCGCAAACCGCACUUCGAAAAUGAGAGCAACGAUGGCUCGCUUUUGGAAGGUUCAUCGAAAAGGCCAAAACAUGAUAAAAGCAGCGAGACUGUUGGUGAUGUACAACUAAAGUUGAAUCGCAGGUAUGCGUUUUACGGUGGAUUAGUAGGGUUUAUGGUUGGAUCCUUGGGAACUUUGGGUACAUUAAUUGGUAUGGCUAACUUGAAUUAA